UCCCAGUAAAAUCAAUGUAUGCUCCCAUGUGAACUGAAAGAGAAAGGUAUUCAGCUGUUAUUUAUCGUCCAUCCUAUCCUUUUGAAUUUGGCAGGACCCAUUAUUUGAUGUGAACAAUUUCUUCAAGUCAAGAAGAUGACAAUGCAGGUUCUAUUGAAACUUUGCCAAGGGCAAAGAGCAGUGUGUCCAAUUCUUAAUCUAUCUACAAAGAGUCUCAUCAGGAACAAAGUAUGGAAAGCAUCAUCUGUGCUUUCAACAAGGAAUAUUGCAUCAAAAAUGCAAGAACACUUUCUAAACUUUGGCAGGAGUCCUCUUCGCUCAAGGAGUAUAGCUUGUCUUGUCCAGCAGCGACUACCAAGUAUUUCAAGAGGAGUAACCAGCAAAGUAAGUGACAUGGUUUCAGGUGAAGAAGACGAUCCAGAAUUCAAAGCAUUCUACCGUCUUCCAUCCAUUGUUCAGCUGAAGAUACUAUCAAGGAUCAAGAUAGUCCAGACUGGGUUAACACUAGCUCUAAUCCCUCCUAUCUAUUACUACCAUGAUGCAGGUAUGUUGAUGACAUGGCAGCUUCAGUUCUCUGUUGGUAUCGCGACCUUUGCCCUCUUCAUGCUUUAUGCCAUGAGCUUCUUCCUAAGGCGAAUGAUCGGAGCAAUGUACCUACAUCGUGAAGGAGACAUUAUCAAAGUCUCCCAUUUGACAUUCUGGGGAGGCAGGAGAGAUACUGUUUUCCCGGUAAUGGAUGUUAUCCCCCUGAGUGAAGGAAGCAAUAGAGCAGAUGAUGUACUCUUAAAGUUGGAGAGAUACAGCACAAAGGAUAUCCUUUAUUUCACCCUGCCGAUUGGACGUGUCAUUAAUGCGGAAGCCUUUGAAAGCGUAUUUGGUCAACCUUAAUGAUGCAAAUCUGUUAGUCUGUCAAUGAACAUUAUUGGCAUUAACUUUGUCCAGUCUUUAGGGGAAACCCCCAGAAAAGUCUUGAAUAUGAUUUUUACUUUGGAAAUUAAGUGAUGUUCAUGUGCCUCCCCUCUCCUGCCCUGAGAAAAACUUGGCAAAAUCAUAUAAAACUUUAUCCUGUUAUAUUAUUGGCAGGGUUUAUGUAUAAUCAUUUCAAAAACACUUAAGUUCCAAACAAAUAAUACACCUUUUUGUUUAUUUAGUAGCAGAUUGACCUCAAUAAGUCCCCCCCCCCCCCAGAAAAAAUGUGAUGAAUCUAAAAUGACAUACUUGUAUUUAUCCUACCCCCCCCCCCCUUUAAACAAAAUUAGAAAAAAGGAACAUGAAUGAAAAUUGUUUUCAAUAUCUUGCAUUAAUAUCUUAGAGUCCAACAGCAUCAUGAAUAUGUCGCAGACAAUACACACGUCAGAUAUUGAUACUUAAAUUUUUAGUGAUAUUCACAUCCAGGUGCACUAUGCAUAAGUUAGAUAUUAGGUGCUUAUUGUAUGUAAUUGAGGGUACUAUUUCAUGUAAAAUAUACUUAGUGGUUUCAUGCAGUAUCUGAAAGAUUCUUCAAAUUAUAAAAUGCAUUAAACAUUGUUGAAUAUA